AUGCGUGGAGACAGGUUGGAGGUGUUGUUGUUAUUUGUGUACCCCGGACUAGGUGACAUCACGGCGGCGCUUAGAGAGGCUGAAGACGUCGUGGUGUUGUUGCUUGUGUUGUUAUUGGUGGUGGUGGUUGUGGUUGGAGUAUGCUCACCGGGAGGUCGGUACAGCGAGCCCGGGUUGGGAGCGCCAGAGCCCGGGGUGAGGAGUGGAGGAGACCCGUGUGAGAAGACAGCGGACGUGCCUCCCCUCGGACUGUCCUGUCGGUGUGAGUAUAAAGUGGACUCGGAGCAUAGGCGGUCCAUCCCACUGCGAGGACCCGCCCCUACGGUCAAGAUUGACAGAGGAGGCGGCCAAUCAGGAGCGGUCUGGGAGGAGUUCCUCUGA